UUCUGGGACUGGUUACUUUAUCCCGCUUUACCAUAAAGCAAAAAAAAUGACUUCGCGAUUUGCUCUGGGUUUUAACAGAUAAAUUUCGACUUGCGCUGAGACAAUAAGGGAUGUCAAACAGGGAGAGUUAAUGGAUUAAUAACAGGGAAAUUAUGAUAUCGCAGCUUUUUUUAUUUUCUUCCAUUUUUAACCCCCAAUUUAGAACUUAAGGAGGAUUAUCAAAAGCGCAUUUGUGGCAAAAUCUAUCUGAGCAUGCGCAGCUUUGUUUGUUCAGAUUUUGCUUUAAAAAAUUCGCUUCGCCAGAGAGUCGAAAUAGUUUUUACUUUUUAGAGGCGAAAUAUUUCGUUGUAAACUUUCAACCAAUCAGAACGAAAUGUUUAGUGUUUAAUCUUAGAAAAACUCAUUACUGGAAAGAGUUUAAAAUAAAUGCCUUGUUUUAAAUACCGAAAGAAUGCUUAUAUUCAGUAUUUAAAAAAAAUUUUCCGACGAAAACAAAAAGAUAUUCGGAAUUCGGUUCCUUAAAAUAUCCCUUAAAAUGUCUAACUUGCUUAUUAUGCUAUGUAGGUUAAAUAAUCAUGCCUAAAAGGUGGUGGCUAGUUUGUAUCGCGGGUACUAUGUGAUGUUGUGUAUGACGUAAUGCAUCUUUGGCGCGCGAGAAACUGGAAGAGUGGGCAAGACUGCAGACAUGAUGCGACAGUAUUACAAGGCACGGACUUCCCUUUCAGAUAUGGAGAAGCCAACAAAAACAGUUGCACAUGCACAAGCAAAGAUAUCACCCAAAGCUUCCGAAAUUCAUAUAGCAAACGAAGUGGAAGUAGUUACUAUGGAGAACUACGGAGAAGAUGCAGAAGAAAACGAAAUUACGUUCGUUAAACCAAUUCUUCAUCCCGAGCUUUCUCCAAGACGUUAUCAAGGUAGACUGGACGAUACCAUCCGAGAUGAAAUUCUAAAGGGUAGCCAAUUGACGCACGCCACCAUUAAUUUGGCUCAAGUCAUCAUGAAGCAGCAGAGUGGCGUGGAUGGUUUGAAGACAGUGGUUUAAACUUCUCCUGCUAUUUGCGCUGGCGAAAUAAGUUUAUUCAAGUACCAUACGUAGAGCAACGUCUACACUGGAUAACUGUCAUCAGAAAAGCUCAUGACGAAGUAUACGUUUAUGAUUCUUUAAGCCAGCACAAUAGAGAUCAAGAUAGAGAAUCUUUAAAAAAAAUAGCUCGUAUAGCGAACUGUCACAACGCCAGUAUUAAAGUGACAAAUAUCACAGUUCAGCAACAAUAGAAUGACAUUGAUUGUGGUCUGUUUGCAGUAGCAUUUUCUGUUGAAGAAUUUCUUGGAAGUAGUCCACAAUCUGUGUCAUUCGAUACACAACAAAUGAGAGCUCACUUGUUAAAUUGCCUGGAAGUUGGCCGAUUUAGUCCAUUUCCAAAAGUUAUCAAAAGAGUUCGUUUUUGUCGUGCUUAUGCAAAAGCGUACGACUUACAUUGUUUAUGCAGAGACAUCUUUUUUGAAGAUGAUGUUGCGAAGGACAAAAGACUUUUUAUGGCAAUGUGCUCGGGUAAUGAAUGGUAUCAUCGUCGUUGUGCAAAAAUCCCUUCAAAAGUAUUUGCGUUAAAUAAUGAACAUGAGAAAUGGAGAUGUCAGAACGCGUCAAAAAUUGUUGACCUACUUUCGCCGAUACAAACUAGCCACCACCUGCCUAAAAUGUACAGACACGCAAAAACUAAUCUUGUUUUUAUGUACAUCCUGACUAAGCUUUUCUAUAACCCCUUUGCAUGAUUAGCCGUGGUGGUACAAAAUCAACACAUUACAUAAAAACGAGGUUACUUUUGCUUUAGAUAAGGAUCGGGACGCCAAGUAGCUUUGUUUACUUUCUGUUUUGUGAGAACAAAUUCUAAAACUGCAACCUCGUCCCCAGGACUUGUUAUGCUUUUUAUAUCCGGACGAUAAAAAGCCUAACAAGUCUUGGGGACGAGGUUGCUUAACACUGCAAAAUUUGUAGAAAUAAUAGUGAAUUAAUGGUUACCAAUGAAACAAUAAAUGGCUACCUUCAAUCACGGACGAAAUUAAUGCAAAGGAGGACGGAAUGUCAAACCACGCCACAAGCAAUUGAGAAAGUUGUGUCUACUAUGAAAGUAACACGCACUCCUAACUUGUCAACAUUCACAGCAUUUCACAAUAGGUCUUUAUUGGUAAGAUCUAAAAUCUCAAAGAGUACUAAUUUUUGCUGACGUUGGCACGAUUGUUUUCAAGUUUUCGGACCGUGGAGCGGAUUUUUUCAUAAUGUAGGCAUCGGGGAUAGUAUAGAGAGCUUAUUACCGACGUUGGUUACUCGGACUUCACCUACACCAAGAAAACCUGUACUGUAGAGUUCUGGCCAAAUAAUACCGUUUUCGAGGAAUAUUCAAAAACGGAAAGGGCCUUUUGCAAAAAUAUUAUGUGAGGCAUCGUUGUUUUACCACAUGUGAGCUAUUUUCUGUAGCAUUAUACAACACAGCAUUUAGAUUUUAUUAACUAAAUUUUGUGAAAAUUCAGCCUUCAUUGCCACGAGUUUCAUUUCGCACAGAUGUGACGAUUAUCUGACAGGACAACAAGAUAUCCGUUUUGAAGAAUUUGUCAAGGAGGAAGUCAAGGGGGUAUGAUUUGGGGCAGGGCUAUUAGAAGGGAUUAAGUGUCUGUUGAAAGUAACCACUAGAGGAGGAAGGGGAAGGAAAAUGUCAUCAAACCGUUCAUUGUCAAGCUCAUCAAGGCAAAGGUCUUAUAUAAAGAAAAAAUCUGGAGCCGAGGAAAUAGACUGUGCUUUGGUCAUAAUUUCCCCUUUUUGUUGUUGAUUCCUACACGUGUCCUUUCAAAAACUUCUUCCGUCGACCUAUCUUAAAAAGCGAUAAACAGAUUUUAUAAUAUUGUGCUUCUUUUUUGUUUUUUUAAAAUAUUACAAGGUUCGAAUGAAUAUAAAUGAGUUGAGAAAAUCCAGUUUCAUGUUUGUGAAUAUUUAUUAAUGAUCAAACGCCGUUAAGAAAACCCAAUAAAAAUCAAACCUUCAACAAAUUACAGUUUAAAAUAAUUUAGAAAAUAACACUUACUUUGAAAACAUUAGAUAAUUUGUUUUAAAUAUUUUUUUUUACUUACGUAAAAUAUAUCGUCUUCUUUCAGUUCGAUAUCAAAAAAAUUAUUCAAUGUGUCGCGAGGAGUGGUUUUGCAGCUUUUCUAGUCUGAAUGGCUUUGCGGUUUUAUAUUAUUUUACAUCAAUAUAAGUUUAUGAAAUAUUUAUGAGCUAAUUCAUAACAGAAUACAAUGGGGUAGCUACACACAACGUCCUUCUUACUAAUUAAUUAUUAUUCUUUUUCCUGCCGUAGUGCACGAGCCGCCAAAGAAAGACUUUUCCACUGUUAAAUAUUGAAUCACUUUUUUUUCAGUGUUUAUAGGCAGCCAUAUUUGUUUUUGAAUACUUUUGAAUGCAUUUUCAUUUCUCGUAUGAAUAAUAAGCAGAUAUUCAGCAAGGUAAAAUCAAAUAUCCGUAAUUAUUCAGUCGAGCUUGUGACAUUCGACGACCCGCAGCGGAUUCGAAUAUCAACGAGAACGAGCGAGAAAGAAAGGGAAUGAGAUGAUAAUGAAAGGAAUGUGAUAACAAAAACAAUUCAUUUUGUCUGAGACAAUCAGA